AUCAACGAAGAAGAACGAGAACGUUCAGCAUUGGAACGUCUCAACUGGAUGGUCUCUGACGCGACCGUUUUAUCCUCUUCCUCAGCCGGUUUCGAACUUCUUCUUCCUCCACUGACACCGAAUCACGAAGUUUCGCAGAGAAGAGAACCACAGCUCUAGAGAGAGAGAGAGAGAGAGAGAGAGAGAGAGAGAGAGAUUUUACAUGGUGAAGAAGGGGGAGGAGGCCAAGGGAAUGCGACUGGGGAAGUACGAGCUCGGGAGGACGCUGGGCGAAGGCAAUUUCGGGAAGGUGAAGGUCGCCACGGACGUCGAGUCCGGCCAGGGGUUCGCCGUCAAGAUCAUCGAGAAGGCGAAGAUCAGCCACCUCAAGAUCACCGAUCAGAUAAAGAGAGAGAUUGGCACAUUGAAGCUCCUCAAGCAUCCUAACGUGGUCAGAUUACGCGAGGUCUUGGCAAGCAAAACCAAGAUUUACAUGGUCCUGGAAUAUGCGACGGGGGGAGAACUGUUUGACAGAAUUGCAAAUCAGGGAAGGCUUCCUGAAGCUGAAGGGAGGAAGCUCUUUCAGCAGUUAAUAGAUGGUGUUAGCUACUGUCACGACAAAGGUGUUUUCCACCGAGAUCUCAAGCUGGAGAAUAUUUUGGUUGAUUCAAGGGGAAACAUAAAGAUCACAGAUUUCGGCCUUAGUGCUUUACCCCAGCAUUUUAGGGAUGACGGAUUACUUCAUACCACCUGCGGGAGUCCCAACUAUGUCGCUCCGGAGGUUCUUAACAACAAAGGAUAUGAUGGGGCAACCUCAGACGUGUGGUCAUGUGGUGUUAUACUUUACGUCAUUCUGACUGGGUAUCUCCCUUUUGAUGACAGGAAUCUGGUUGUUCUCUACCAAAAGAUAUUCAAAGGAGAGACUCAUAUCCCAAAAUGGCUAUCACCAGGUGCCAAGAGUCUUAUAAGGCGAAUUCUAGAUCCCAAUCCAGUAACCAGGAUAACAAUGGAUGGUAUUAAAGCACACAAUUGGUUUCGACAGGACUACAAUCCUGCAAACCCUGAUGAUGAAGAGAACACUUACAUCGAUGACGAAGCCUUUUCCGUGCAGGAAGUGCCAUCCGAAGGGGAGAAGAGUCCAGGAUCACCAACACUCAUCAAUGCCUUCCAGCUAAUUGGAAUGUCUUCAUGUUUAGAUCUUUCCGGCUUCUUUGAGAAAGAGGACAUCUCGGAGAGGAAGAUUAGAUUUACAUCCAAUCAUUCUGCCAAGGACUUGCUGGAGAGGAUCGAGGAUACUGUGACACAGAUGGGUUUUCGGGUUCAAAGAAAAAAUGGGAGAUUGAAAGUAAUGCAAGAAAAGAAAAGUCCGGGCUCUCUUUCAGUUGCUGCAGAGGUUUUUGAGAUAAGCCCAUCCCUCUUUGUAGUUGAGUUAAGAAAAUCAUAUGGAGAUUCUUCAGUUUAUAGACAGCUGUGCAAAAGGCUAUCCAAUGAGCUGGGUGUACCACAAAACCAGCAGCUACUGACCUCCGGGAUGUAAAUAGUAGGGUCGGCCUGGAGGAAAGAGGGAAUUAAUUUCAUUCAAUCAUUAUUUAGUGAAUUUUAUCGAGUUUUCUUUUUUUUUUUGGGGGGGUUGGGUUUACUCGGGACAGAAGCAAGAGCUAGAGAGUAACAUGAGGUCGCUUGCUGCCGGCUCUCUCGACCUGUUGGCGAGACAUCGGAUAAAGAGAAUUUCAGUAGAACCAUUGGGCCAUUUUCAGUGCCAUCAGAAGCCUCAAUUCAUUCGGGUCCUGCGAUUCGACAGCAAAUGGCAUCGCCUCGAGGGUCAGACUUAGUUUUUGGUUGAGAGAACUCGGUAGUCGGGAGCGCAAAUGAACAAAGAACACAGCGGCUCGUUUCUCGUAGUCAUCAGCUUUGGUCGUAUGUGUAGAUCCCUGUAGAGCGGACGCUAUUGUCGUCUCGAGAAAAAUCAUGCCUGUAAAUCUUUACCCAUGUACAGGGACAACUCUAGUGUUGAAUUAAGCAAAUUGGAGAAUGGGCUAGACCCAUUCAAUUU